CACGAACGGUCGCUGGUGUGGCCCUUCGUUUCGCAACGGCUGCCAUCACUUCCAUAUUCGCCAGCUCGGUGCAAUAUGAAGCUCCUCGUUGCCGCAGCGCUCGUCCUCCUCCUACAGCCCGCGGACGCGUACUGUCCCAACGGAUGCAACGCCCAAGGCACGUGCGGUGCCAACGACAAGUGCACGUGCUACCUCCGAAACGACGACUCGAUCGCCAACAACAUCGAAGCCAUGUACACCGGCGCCGACUGCUCUCUCCGCACGUGUCCUCGCGGACUCGCCUUCGUGGACGUUCCCACCGCCAACAACGUCGCGCACGCGCCGUCCGAGUGCUCGAACCGCGGCCUCUGCGACUACUCGACGGGGCUGUGCCAGUGCUUUCCCGGCUACGAAGGCAAGGCAUGCGAGCGUACAGCGUGCCCGAACCAAUGCAGUCGUCGCGGCAUCUGCUUGACCCUCAAGACGAUCAUCUCAUACGGACCUAGUCCGCCGACGUACGCCGCUUGGGAUGCCGACAAGCAGCUUGGGUGCAUCUGCGAUCUUGGGUAUCGUGGCCCGGACUGCUCCAUCAAGGAGUGCCCGAGCGGCGCGGACGUGCUGCUGGGCCACGGCGCCAACGAGGGCCGCGACUGCGGCGGCCGCGGCAAGUGCGACACCCAAACCGGCACAUGCGUGUGCUUCCCGGGGUACUAUGGCACGUACUGCGCGUACCAAAGCACGGUUCAUUAAGGUGAUCUCAAGGAAGAAGCAUGGCAAGGUGGGUAGGUGGUUGGUUGCGCCCCUUGAUUCGUCUUCUUGUCGUCACCUGCGUAAACGCUUCCACACUUGCAUUGCCAUGGUAACCUCGUGUAAUACAUAAACAUCGACUACAUUCCAUCGCGUU